CCCCUGCCGGGCGUUCGCAGGCUCGCUUUACGGCCGCCUCGUGCGACGCUCCUCCUUUUCCUCUCCUCGCUAAGAUGGCGGCGGCCGGGACCCUUUAUACCUAUCCUGAGAACUGGCGGGCGUUCAAAGCCCUUAUCGCUGCCCAGUACAGUGGUGCCAAGAUCAAAGUCCUCAGCACUCCCCCGCAGUUCCACUUUGGGCAGACCAACAAGACCCCAGAGUUCCUGAAGAAAUUCCCAGUGGGAAAGGUGCCAGCCUUCGAAGCGGAUGAUGGGUUCUGCGUGUUUGAGAGCAAUGCCAUUGCACACUACGUCAGCAACGAAGAGCUGCGAGGAGCGUCCAAGGAGGCAGCUGCCCAGGUCAUCCAGUGGGUGAGCUUCGCCGACAGCGACAUCGUUCCCCCGGCGAGUACCUGGGUCUUCCCCACUCUUGGCAUCAUGCAGUAUAACAAGCAGGCCACAGAGCUCGCCAAGGAGGAAGUGAAACGGAUACUGGGCCUCCUCGACUCCCACCUGAAGACGAGGACGUUCCUGGUGGGCGAGCGUGUCACGCUGGCUGACAUCACGGUCGUCUGCACCCUGCUCUGGCUGUACAAGCAGGUUUUGGAGCCGUCCUUCCGUCAAGCUUAUGAAAAUGUUAAUCGUUGGUUUGUGACCUGCAUAAACCAGCCACAGUUCAAGGCCGUCCUGGGAGAAGUGAAGCUGUGCGAGAAGAUGGCACAGUUUGAUGCCAAGAGGUUUGCUGAGAACCAGCCCAAGAAGGAUGUGCCCAAGAAGGAGAAGCAGCCGAAGGAGGAGAAGAGGCCGGAGAGGAAGGAGGAGAAGAAGCCGGAGCCGGAGGAGGAGCUGGAUGAGUGCGAGCAAGCUCUGGCGGCCGAGCCCAAAUCCAAAGACCCCUUUGCUCACCUCCCCAAGAGCACCUUCGUCAUGGACGAGUUCAAGCGGAAGUACUCCAACGAAGACACGGCCACCGUGGCUCUGCCCCACUUCUGGGAGCACUUUGACAAGGAGGGCUGGUCCAUCUGGUACGCGGAGUACCGCUUCCCCGAAGAGCUGGCACAGACCUUCAUGAGCUGCAAUCUGAUCACGGGCAUGUUCCAGCGCCUGGACAAGCUCCGCAAGAACGCCUUUGCAUCCGUCAUCCUCUUCGGCACCAACAACGAUAGCAGCAUCUCCGGCGUCUGGGUCUUCCGGGGGCAAGAGCUGGCCUUUCCGCUGAGCCCCGACUGGCAGGUGGAUUACGAGUCUUACACCUGGAGGAAGCUGUGUCCGGAGAGCGAGGAGUGCAAGACGCUGGUGAAGGAGUACUUCAUGUGGGAGGGGGCGUUCGCGCACGUCGGCAAAGCCGUCAACCAGGGCAAGAUUUUCAAGUGACGGCCGGCGGGGAGCUGCCACGGGACGUGAGCCUUCCGAGGGACAGAUCUCUGGAGCGGCAGCCGCAGCUAAGGGUGGGAACGACUCGAGCAGGAGAAGAGACUCUGUGACGUUUAGGAGUGAAUUAAACGCUCGCGCGUGCUA